AUGGGUCACCACCACGGCGUCUGCCGCUGCGAGCUCUGCGGCGCGCCCGCGUCCGUGCACUGCGCGGCGGACGCGGCCUUCCUCUGCGCCGCCUGCGACGCCAAGGUGCACGGCGCCAACUUCCUCGCGUCGCGGCACCGCCGCACGCGCCUCCUAGACCUCGCGGCAGCCGCGGGAGCGCCGGCGCCGGACGAGGAGGACGGGUACGAGUCCGCGGGGAGCUCCUGCGUGUCCACGGCCGAGUCGGCGUCCUCGUCCGCGGUGGCGCCGCGGAGGAGGAGGCGCGCGCCGGCCGGGAGCGGGAGCCCGAGCCCGAGGCUCCCCCCGUGCGCGCGGCGGUGGUCGAGGCGUGGGCCAAGCGGACGGGCCUCGCGGCGGCUGGAGGCGUGCGCGCACGUGCCGGCGAGGCUCGUGGUGGAGGUGGCCACGUCCCUGGCGCGCGCCCGCAGGCGGAGGGCCGCCACGGACGCCGUGGAGGGUUGGGACGAGUGCGCGUGGGCCGGGCCCAAGUCCAGCCCGGCACGUUCUUGA